AUGAUGGGAAAACUCCCUUUGGGGGUUGUGUCUCCUUAUGUGAAGAUGAGCUCGGGGGGCUGCACGGACCCCCUGAAGUUCUACGCCACCAGUUACUGCACAGCCUAUGGUCGGGAGGAAUUUAAGCCCCGGAUGGGCAGCCACGUAGGCACUGGCUACAAAUCAAACUACCGGCCUGUGGUCUCCUACCAGCCCCACCUGGAUACCCUGGACAGCCCCGCCAUGGGGGAACAAGCCCGGAGCAACUUCCAGUCCGUGACCAGUCAGAGUUACUGUCCCCUGGAGGUGCCUGAUGGCACGCAACCACUACCCUGGAACAUGUACCAGACGACCUCUGCCUACGGGCGUGAGAAGCCCAACGCAGGCCUCCUCACUAAGGAGGUCAGGAAGGUCCAUUUUGACACCCAGGAUCAUGGAGCCCAGGCUAUCACCGGGCUGGAGCCCAAGGAGGUCCCCCUGCUCCACCAGCAGCAGGGCAGGGGCUCCCCGGAUUGGGAGAACUCUCGAUAUGGCCCACGCUUCAUGACUUCUGAGUACAAUUCCAAGUACCUCAAGGAGCCGUCCAUGCAGCCAGAUCUCUUGCAGAAGAAAUCAAUCGGCGCCAAGGAGGAGACCGGCUUCACCGAGGACACGGCCAAAAGCCCGAUGGUCUUUCCUUCUCCUUCCCAGGCCAUGCCCGGGGACCCUGUCCUCCUCUCAAACCGGAGUGUCACCAAGUCGGACUUCCUCCCCAUGACUCACCCUCACGGAAAUGAGUUUCUGCCUGUGCUGGCCAGAGGCUCUGAGCGGGAGACAGGCUACAGCAGAGCAAAUGAAAGGACCCUGAACCCCAGAGUGCCCCCUCCCAGCCCGGAACCCAGCAGCAUGAGCCACCGUCCAUUCCAGCCCCCACAGCGGAUGCAACAGACCAAUGUUGCCCUGCUGGGCCGCGAGGCCGUGGGGAACAAGGAGCCCACAGGAUUCAGCCUUAACAACCCCACCUAUGUCCGGAGCUCCUAUGACCCCGACAGGGAUAGCCGGUACCUGACCACCUACAAUCAAGGGUACUUUGAGAACAUCCCCAAGGGUCUGGACCGGGAAGGCUGGACUCGAGGUAGCAUCCAGCCUCAGAAGAUGGGAGGCUAUGCACUCAACCAGCCGGUCACUCGCAUGGAGGCCGCUCCCAAUCCCACAGAGAGCCUGAGGCGCCUGCACCCCCAUGUGGGAAGAACCCUGACCUCAGUUGACCCCUUCUACGGAGACACACCUCACAGCAGCCGCUACCCGGCGUCCAGCUGA